UGUCCAUGGAAUGUCUCUCCUCUACAUGACCUGCUUCUCUCUAGGAAAGAGGAAUGAUUUGACAUUAUAUAAGAGAGGAACACUAGCUGUUGGUGUCACCAUAAUUGUCAACAAAUCUGGGAUCAGAUCUGGAGAGAAAGAAGAAAAAACUGCAGGACCAGUGUGAUGUCUACCCUCAGCGUGAGGGAGCAGCAAUCAAGAGUCUGAGAAAGUGAAGCUGCUUAUAAAGAGAAGACAUGGCUUAGACCCCAGAAGGAGGCAGUGGCUGCAAGUCCCCAGUGUCAGCUCUGCUUGACCAUUGCUUGAUCUCACACUCUGCUGCCCAGCGACAUGGAGGUCCCCAAGGCUGCCCUGGCUGUCCUGCUUCUCACUGCGACACUCUGUUCCCAGACCUGCUCUUCCUUUUUUGGUGCCGACACCCCCACCUCCUGCUGCUUCGUCUAUAUCUCCCGGCAGAUUCCACGCAAAUUUGUGGUCGACUAUUAUGAGACCAGCAGCCAAUGCUCCAAGCCCGGUGUCAUCUUCCAAACCAAAAGAGGCCGGGAGAUCUGUGCUGACCCCAGGGAGGCCUGGGUCAGAUACAUCACCAACCUGGAGCUGAAUGCCUGAGUGGCCUAGAAGCUACAAGAAAGGUGUUACAUCUAUGUGCAGACUGGGGGGCAGUCACCUGAGCCAAGGCAAUGACCUUGGAACUCUGGAGGCACCUCUCCUAUGGGUCACACCCCCACCCCCAGCCACACGCUACAGCCCUUUUUAACUUUAAUUUUAGUUUUUGUAUCUUAUUUAACUUUUGUAAUUUAUUUCCAUUGUUGAAUUGUGUGAUGUAAUAAAUAUUUCUGCUGACAUCUCACAACAUCCUCUCCCACCUCCCCACGACCCUCCCUUUUCUGUUCUCACACUCAAUAUGUGGAUCAGUCAGCAGGAUUGGCACUGUCUUGUAGCUGUUGUACCAUAUAUAUCAAACAACAAAUGUUACGGAGUGGUUUGCCCAGCACGGCUCUUCAAAAUAUUGAAGGUCCUUAUAUAAAAGGUAAACCAGCA